CUCUGUAACGCUUCUGGGACCAUCGUUUGUACGGCAGCACACAGCGUCUUGGCCUCGGCAGCAGUGCGCGCCCCUUGCCUGCCUGUAUAACUGCCUCGCAACGUUUACCCUUCCCCCGGACUGUCACGCGAGACCUCGCGGGCCCCCCAUACAGAUCUCGCUGGCUGACGCCUCGCUCCCUCAGCCCAUCGCAUGACGUGCACGCCUCGGAAACGAGACAAUGCCGCUACCGGACGAGUCCCCUCAGACAAAGGUUUCGGCACUCAUCCAGAGAUGGCAACAGCAUGCGGAUCAGAACGAUGAUGCCGCAGCGCCGGCGCCAUCGCUGACGGCAACGACCACCGGAAGUGUGUCCAAGCUGCUGCUGCACCGUUCAUCUUCGCUUAGAUCCACCGCCAAUGGCUCUCUGAGCACGGAUAAGACUGCGCACCCGAAUUGGCCUGCCAACGACGAUGUAUUUGGGAAAGACCCCAACCCAGAUCUCGAGGCUGCAACCCCAAGCGCUGAGUCAAAUCAUCAGUCUGACCCUAACCAGAGCGGUGCUCGUUCAGCAUGUACUUCCCCCGAAAAUAAGGUGCGAGGCGAAGAUUAUGUACACUUGGCCUACCCCGUCAUGCGAGACCGCACGAAGCGCGAUGCUUCGCUCAAUGGCGACGGUGAUGCUAUAGAGAGCAGAGGCGCAGGAAAGGAGACAAUUCCAGUGCAAGCACAAGCCCAAGCACAGUCCUCUUCAUCAAUAUCUGUAUCAUCACGUGCAAAGUCAUAUCCGUCCAAGCAGCAACCCGCAGCAGCUUCAGCAGGCAAGAAAAGCAGCACCACCCUCACGGCCUCGUGCGCCAGAGCCCACAGCGUGGGCAGCAACUCUGCUCGGUUGCGGAAAACUGCACCCGCCGUGGCUGCUAAGGAGGACGCGGCAACUAUCGGCCGAUCGUGCUCAGGAGGCAAUAUGCGACCGGCCGCGUCGACCAGCACGCCACCCAAAGCGCAGGCUCAGCCCGGCAUCAGCACCAGCACAACCAAGAGUAGAAGUUGUAGCAUCAACAGCAUCCACAGCAGCAGCAGUAGCAGCAGCGUGCACGCCUCCACAGCAGCCAGCAGACAGCGCGCAAAGGAGACAAUGAUGGCCAUGCAGCAAAUCCGAUCAAAUACUUCGUCUUUGCAGCUUGGUUCUGCUGCUAGUGUUGCUGGUGAAAGGGUACCGUCCAAACGCAUCAAUUCGCAUUCCUCGCACUCGAAUGCGGCACAUACUAAAAGCACAUCUUGCACAAAGCCAAGUGCUCCCAAAGCACCUGGGAGGGCUUCAUCCGGCGUAAAAUCAGCCGCUACAGGCAAAAAAGCACUGCGCAGCAAUAGCGGCAGCAGCAGCACUAGCAGUUCCCAUUCCCCCCAAACAACCAAAAUCAUUCCCAUGCAUUCGCACUCAGCAACCUCAGAUGCUAGCGCCAACAGCAAAGGACCAACAACAACAGGAGCAGGAGCAGCAGCUUCGGCGUCGGAGCCCUCGAAUGACGUGGCAGCGGCAACAAGCGCGCACCCUGAGCUCAACCGUGCAACGGUUCCUGCAUUGGUUGUAAAGGGCAGUCAGCCGCUAAAGUCGGCAGAAGUCAAGCUGGGCAUCGACCCUACCAAAGCUGACACACAAGGUUGUGAAGAGACCGCUGUCAACGCUGAGUCAGCGAAAAGCACCACCUGAGCUAGAGCCGCCAGUGGCGAACCUGCAGAUCGACAAAUGACAAGCAUUCACGAAUCACAUAUCUGUUCGAGCACGCAAGAUACCACCAAGUGCAUCGAUUCCCAUACAAGCAAAAUGGUCUCUCUAACGUCAGUCAUUUCAGCUUCAUAUGAUGGCACCAUGAUGGAUUGUUGUAUGAUACGGUGAACCCGAAUACAUCGCAAAAGACUUGAGCUCGACAGUCCAAUAGACCGGCUGAUCCGUCUGCAACUUAACGAUGCCAUCUUCGUUGGCCAUAUGGUUGGAAGUGGAGAGCAGCCCUCCCAG